AUGGGCUCCCCUAAAGCCGACCCUGGGAUCCCCAAUACCGACACUGGGUCCCCCAAUACUGGUCCUGGACCCAACAAGCUGGAUCCUGGGUCCUCCAAGACCGGCAUGGGCUUUGGACCCCACAAACAUAACCAAGGGUCCCCCAAGACCGACCUGGGUCCCCCCUCGACCCGACCUCGGACCCCCGAACCCCGAACCCACCGGUGUGCGGUCCACCCGCCUACCGCCGCCGCCGCCGCCGCCGCCCCCGUGACGCACUUCCGCUUCCGGCGGAAGCGGCCGCGCGGCGCCUCCCGGUUCCUCCGCGCGGCCUUAGCCCCGCCUCCGGGGCGGGACUUCCUGUAUGGGCGCCCCGGAGGCGAGACUUCCUGUCUUUGCCAGGAGAUGGGCAAGCCUUCAGCGCCGUCACCCCGAAACCUCGCUGUGUCCCCCCGCCAUAAUCCAAGUGCCCAGACCAUGGACAUCGGCAACAACUCGACAGGCCCGGACAACGCCACGCUCCAGAUGCUCCGCGACCCGGCCAUCGCGGUGGCCCUGCCGGUGGUCUACUCCUUGGUGGCCAUCGUCAGCAUCCCAGGGAACCUAUUUGUUUUGUGGGUUCUGCUGCGACACAUCGGGGCGUCCUCCCCGUCGGUCAUCUUCAUGGUCAACCUGAGCGUCACCGACCUGCUCCUGGCCUCAGUGCUCCCUUUCCAGAUUUACUACCACUGCAACGGUCAGCACUGGGUUUUCGGGGUGGCCCUGUGCAACGCGGUCACCGUCGUCUUCUACGCCAACAUGUACUCUUCCAUCCUCAGCAUGACCUUUAUCAGCGUGGACCGUUUUCUGGGCGUCGUGUACCCCCUAACGUCCACGAGGUGGAGGAGACGCCGGUACGCCUAUUCGGCCUGUGCCACCUCUUGGCUGGUCAUCUUCCUGGCCUUGUCCCCGCUGGCCAGUUCCGACCUCACGUACAAAGUCGAAGCCCUGGGUAUCGUGACAUGUUUCGACGUCUUGCAGUGGGAUAUGCUGCCUGGAAAACUCGCCUGGGCCUUGUUCUUGUUUACUCUCUUUACAGUGCUGUUCUUGGUCCCUUUCCUCAUCACGGUGGCUUGUUACACAGCUACUAUCCUUCGCUUGCUGAGACGCCGGGACCCAGACAACCUCCGGGGGCAGAGGAGACGCUCGGUGGGCCUCGCGGCCGUGGUGCUGCUGGCCUUCGUGACUUGCUUCGCCCCGAAUAACUUCGUCCUCUUGGUCCAUGUCAUCGCGAGGUUGUUCUAUCAGCAAAGUUACUACCACAUCUACAAACUGACCCUGUGCCUCAGUUGCCUCAACAACUGCCUGGACCCUUUCGUGUAUUACUUCGCCUCUCGAGAGUUCCAGUUGAGGUUUCGAGGCUACCUGGGAUACGGGCGGCUACCGCUGGACAGCCAGGAGGCCCGGACGGCCGAUGCCGCGGCCAGGACACUCUCCGCGGGGUCCAGUUCGGCGGGAGACGGGCCCGGGAGGCCCAUGGUUCAGAGGCAGGAGAGCGUGUUCUGA